GAGCAGCAGCUUCUGAUUAAUACAUUAAUACAUUAAUACAUGAAUGCAUGAAUGCAGGGCUGCUAUUUUCACGAGGUCAGCUCCAUAUAGGAAACCAACCAUUCUCUCCCCCAUCUGCCUCUCUGCCCUCUUUUAUUUCAAACGACAGCUGGCAGUCCUUUUCCUCAAAGAUUUCCCCCCUCUGUAAAGACACUAAUGGACAUUUGAAAUGGACACUGAGUAGAGAAAGUCUCUGGCAAAAAAAAAUGGUUCCAGGCUAAAAUGGAUACUUUGGAACCAGGAAUCUUCCAGUUUUUAACUUCUGUCUCCUCUCUCCAGGCGAGGAAUAUCGCAGUCUGCAUUGAAUUCAAGGAUUCCGACGAGGAUGAAGCCCAGCCGGUGAAGUGCAUCUACGGUCAUCCCGGCGGUCCUUUAUUCACGAAGCAUGCGUAUGCAGCCGUCCUGCACCACCAGCAGAACCCGGAGUUCUACGAUGAGAUAAAGAUAGAGCUGCCUACUCAGCUGCAUGAGAAGCAUCACCUCCUCUUCACCUUCUAUCAUGUUAGCUGUGACAGCAACAGCAAGAAGAAAGACCUGGUGGAGACUCCAGGUAGGCUGCAGCUAUCAGUCAUGUGUCCCCCCUCUGAAUGAAAACACCAGUGGAGGUUUUAGCAAAAACAAUAUGGUGGAUUGAUGUUAAUGAAUGGCGUGCAUAAUAUGGACAA